AUGACAGCUUCAAACGCUUCGCCUCUAAUCCGAGUCCUAAUUACUAUGCACCCUGGAAUUGAUACCCUAGACGUCACGGGACCUUUAGAAGUACUAAGCCUAGCUAACAAGAUUAUUAAUAAAGAUGCGAAUCAUGCCUUUGAAUUUAAGUUUGUUUCUGCUACCAAACAAACCAAAACCGCACAGGCUAUUAGCCUCCAGAGGAAUAUGAAUUAUAAACAGGCUCAUGCCAGACUUUCCACCUUUGAUAUUCUCAUGGUUCCAGGCGGAGGAGUUGAAAAGAUUAUCAGGGAUGAAUUGGAGCCCCUCGGUCUCAUCAAAGCCUUUUCAGACCUUCAAAAGAAAGAUCCUUCGAGGGAGCGCACAAUUUUUAGUAUCUGUACUGGCUCCCUGCUUCUCGCACACCAAGGUCUUCUCUCGGGACUCCAAGCCACGACCCAUCCUGAUUUCUUUGCAAAAUUCAUCAAAAUCGACAAUGACGCUGCACUGAGAGGUUUGAACGAGUGCUGCGACGUCGUUGAAGAGCGCUAUGUCGUGAAUAACUUACGCUUUGAUGCAGGUGAAAAGAUCGACAAGAGCCCACAUGUUUCUUGUACGAGCGAUUUCGACGAGCAAAGUGUUUCCCCCCGAGGCCAUAGCGUGCGCCAGGAAUGCGACCAACCGCGAAAAGACACUUCUCCACGAGCCUCCGGUAGGCUUAGAGGGUUGAGAGUUAUAACUUCAGGCGGGAUAACGUGUGGAAUCGACGCAAGUUUGUACUUGGUCAGGACACUGGUUAGCAGCGAAACCGCUGUAGAGGUUGGGCGUAUCAUGAUGUACGAAUGCAAACAGGGUAUUAUUGUUAGUUGA